AUCUAUCGCUCCGUGCUCGUCCCUCCUCCGCGGGCCUGCCCCGCGCGUCCCAUCGAUCUGCUCGGCCAUCGCGCGCCUGCGCCUUUGGGCUGUCAGUCGGAGGCGGCGUGGGGAGCGCUGGGAGCUGCUGUGGCGCGCGGGGAGUUGAGAGGUAAAGCUGCGGCUUUUGCGCUGCCAGGCCCCUUACGAGCUGGCUGUUGGGAGUCAGCACCCAGUUUGUGAAAAUGGAAUUUCAAGCAGUAGUGAUGGCAGUUGGAGGGGGAUCUCGGAUGACAGACCUGACUUCCAGCAUUCCCAAACCUCUGCUUCCAGUUGGGAACAAACCUUUAAUUUGGUACCCAUUGAACCUGCUUGAGCGUGUUGGAUUUGAAGAAGUCAUUGUCAUUACAACCAGGGAUGUCCAAAAGGCUCUAUCUGCAGAAUUCAAAAUGAAAAUGAAGCUAGAUAUUGUGUGUAUUCCUGAUGAAGCUGACAAGGGGACUGCAGAUUCUCUUCGCCAAAUACAUCCAAAACUUAAGACAGAUGUACUAGUCCUGAGCUGUGAUCUGAUAACAGAUGUUGCCUUACAUGAAGUUGUGGACCUGUUCAGAGCUCAUGAUGCAUCACUUGCCAUGUUAAUGAGAAAAGGCCAAGAUGGCUUAGAACAAAUUCCAGGUCAAAAGGUGGGGAAAAAACCAGUGGAGCAGCGUGACUUCAUUGGAGUGGACAGCACAGGAAAGAGGCUGCUCUUCAUGGCUAAUGAAGCGGACUUGGAUGAAGAGCUGGUCAUUAAGGGAUCCAUCCUGCAGAAGCACCCUAGAAUACAUUUCCACACAGGCCUUGUGGACGCCCAUCUCUACUGCUUGAAAAAAUACGUUGUGGACUUCCUAAUGGAAAAUAAGUCAAUCACUUCCGUCCGGAGUGAACUGAUUCCAUACCUAAUAAGAAAACAGUUCUCCUCAGCUUCCUCACAACAAGGACAAGAAGAAAAAGAGGAGGAUCUAAAGAAAAAGGAGCGGAAGUCCUUAGAUAUUUUCAGUUUUAUAAAAGAAGGCAAUACACUGACCUUUGCUCCCUAUGAUGCCUGCUGGAAUAUCUGUCGAGGAGACAGGUGGGAAGACUUGUCCAAAUCACAGGUGCGCUGCUAUGUCCAUAUCAUGAAAGAGGGGCUCUGCUCUCGAGUAAGCACCCUGGGACUCUACAUGGAAGCAAACAGACAGGUGCCCAAAUUGCUGUCUGUUCUCUGUCCAGAAGAAUCACUGAUUCAUUCAUCAGCCCAGAUUGUCAGCAAACACCUGAUUGGAGUUGAGAGCCUCAUUGGGCCAGAUACACAGGUUGGAGAGAAGUCAUCCAUUAAGCACUCAGUCAUUGGUUCAUCCUGUGUCAUAAGAAAUAGAGUGACUAUCACCAGUUGCCUUCUCAUGAACUCAGUCACGGUGGAGGAAGGAAGCAACAUCCAGGGCAGUGUCAUCUGCAACAAUGCUGUGAUUGAGAAGGGAGCAGACAUCAAGAACUGCCUAAUUGGAAGUGGCCAGAGGAUUGACGCCAAAGCCAAACGAGUGAACGAGGUGAUCGUGGGGAGUGACCAGCUCAUGGAGAUCUGAGUUCUGAGCAAGUCAGACUCCUUUCUCUUGGCCCUCAGAACUACAGAUGUUGGCUGGCCCACCUGUUUGACUCUGUAUUUAUUUCCCAAUAAAGAAGGGCUCCCAUGGGGUGCCUGGCUGGC